AUGGCCUCGAUCGAGAAGAUCAUGGAACGUCAACACGUCCUAUUCGGCCUUAUCACGCGUUCGGUCGAAAAUCUGAAAAAACUCGGACCGUCCCGAAUAAAUCGCGGCAAUGUGCAGAGUCGCAUUGAAGCAUUAAGGGUUAAUUGGGAUAAAUUUCAAGCUCACGACGAGAAUCUCUUCACCUCGAUCACCCCCGAACAAAAGACACUGCCGUACUUCAAAGAUGAUCUCUAUUCCAUGUGCGAAGAAGCUUUCAUAGACGCGCACGGCUACAUGCUCAACAUCCUCGAAAGCCUAGCUCCACCAGUUCCUCAAAAUAUAUCUGCCGCCGAAGCAUCGUUGAGCACAUCUACCGGGUCGCGAUCUCGACGGCUACCGCGCAUCGACAUACCGAAGUUCUCAGGCGACUACUCAGAGUGGAGUCACUUCCGGGAUCUUUUCACGUCAAUUAUCAUAGACAAUUCCGAGCUCUCAGAAAUUGAAAAACUCCAUUACCUCAAAAUGAGCCUUUCUGGCGAACCUUCACAACAUCUAAAAAACAUCGCAAUGACUGGUGAAAACUUCACUCGCGCGUGGGAAAAUCUCAUCUCUCGAUAUGAAAAUAAACGAAUUCUUAUCGACGCUCAACUAACGUGCCUCCUCGCGACCCGAAGAAUAAAAACAGAAAACGCAGCCGAUAUCAAACGGCUCCUUGGCGAUACUAAGGAAGCCAUCGGCGCGCUUGAAACUCUCGGUUGUCCCGUAAAACAGUGGGACCUCAUUAUCGUUUUUUUAAUGGUUCGAAAGCUUGAUGCCGAAUCGCUGAAGAGAUGGGAAGACUCACUAGGAGCCAAAACAGAUCCGCCUUCGUUCGCGGACUUCGAGACCUUCCUUUCAGCCGCAUCUACACGCUCGAAGCUCUCGAAAGAUCGCUGCCUCGAAAACAACAAAUAA